CAAAUUUCUGUGUAAAUAAUCAACGGCGAUUUCUAAAUCCGUCAUGAUUUCUUUGAUUGAAUUAUAAAAUUUUUUACAGAACAAAAAAAUUGGAGAAAUUUGAAAGUACAAACUUAAAGCAGCUAGAAACUUCAUAAGAUUUAUUAAAAAGGAUGGACCUCGUACUGAGUUAUGCAGACAGGUUUGUCCUGACGCCCUAUGUGUACCCCUCUACCUGGGCCGAGGACUCCCCCGUAAGACAGGUACUCAGUCUCCUGCUGAUCAGCAACAUUGGGGGGUACAUCCUCUACUUCAUGACAGCCACUCUCAGCUACUUCACAAUAUUCGAUUCCAGGCUGAUGAAGCAUCCUUUAUUCCUCAAGGACCAGAUAAAACUGGAGAUAUUGUACACCAUUAAAUCAGUUCCUCUGAUGUCCCUUCCUACGGUUGCCUUGUUUUUUAUUGAGGUCAGAGGUUACAGUAAACUGUAUGACACAGUCCCCAAUUCUUUUGCUGGCUGGUGUAGCAUCCUAUUCAGCAUAGUGAGCUUUAUUUUGUUUACUGAUGCCUGCAUUUAUUGGAUCCACCGAUUCCUCCACCACAAACUUAUCUACAAAUACAUCCACAAAGACCACCACCGAUGGAAGAUCCCCACUCCAUUCGCCUCCCAUGCAUUUCACCCCCUGGAUGGAUUCCUCCAGAGCUGCCCCUACCACAUCUACCCUUUCCUGUUCCCACUACACAAGGUGACCUACUUAUGUCUGUUUGUGUUUGUAAACAUCUGGACCGUGUCCAUCCAUGACGGAGAUUACCGUGUGCCCAGUCUUCUGAAGCCACUCGUCAAUGGCUCCGCGCACCACACUGACCACCACCUGUUCUAUAAUUAUAACUACGGUCAGUUCUUUACGUUGUGGGACAGGAUUGGGGGCUCCUUUAGAAACCCUAGCUCCUUCGAAGGAUGUGGCCCCAUUCAAGACAUCCUCAAGAAAGAUAACUCCAAUGGUAAAUCAAAUGGAGGGAUGAUGAAAAAAGAGGAAUAAUGAACUUUAUUUCACAAUUUAAUCCUUAAAAGAUUAAUUGUGUUGAAUAAGAUAUUUUUGUUUGUUAUUUGUAAACGCCUGAUAUUUCUGAGUGACUGUCAAGUUUAUUAUAUUUAUUAUGUCUUUCAUAUAUUUGUUAUUCAGUUGACAUAAUUGUUGUUAUUUUUCUUUGACUUAAUGACUGUGAUUGUUUUAGAAAAUUUUAAAGGAUAUGUAAACUGCAUAUACGUAGAAAAACAAAGCUCAGCACAAAGCAUGUUCUGUUUUUAUAAGGCAAUGCAUAAUUGAGAAUACAUUCAGCAUAUUAAUCUAGUUAAGAGUGCUAUUUUUGUACUUUGAAUAUUUGAGUGAUUUACACAGUAGUUUUAAUGAUUUGAGUGUACUAAAGUAAACAUUUUGCUGAUCCUCUGAUCAGAGGUAGGUCAUGACCCUUAAUGUCUUUAUAGAAGCUGGAUAGUUCUUAUAAUGUCUAGGAGCUUUCUUUACAAGUGUUAAAUUGUAUGUAUUUUGUAUUUCCUAAAAAUGACAGGGAUGCAAUAUGGAACAUUUGUUUCAAUUAACCCAGAUGCCUAAAAUAUGCAACCACACAGCGUGCUUCAGUUCUAGGAGUAACCUCCAUAUUUAUAUGUCUUAUGUCAUUAAAAAUGUUAAAUAGCCCCAACAGAUGUAGAUUUAAGUGCCAUAUUAAUUUAUUUUAAAUUAUUAUUUUAUAUCUCCAGUUUCUUUAUGUACUAAUUAUUAUUAAUUAUUACCCAUUUUACAAACUGACGUAAACUGACUGCUGCUAAAUGCUCAUGUAUGUAGUACUUGACUAGUUCACAAGUGUGGGAAAGUCAAAGCAAUAAUUUUUGAGAUUUUUUGUUUAAAUUUUACUUUUAGAAAGGAGUAGCCAUUGAAGACGAUUCCAGGUUCUGUUGUUCUUACAAAUAUUAUUAGGGAUAAAACGAUAUUAAUUGAUAAUUAUCAAUUCAGGGUAAUAUAUCUUGAUAUUGUAAUUCAUUUUACAUCAUCUGUGGAUUCAUUUUUUCUGGUAACGGAAAAAAUUUUCACUUGUAAUUACAGUCAGACCUCCUUAUCUUGUACUCAAUGAGACCAAAAAAUAUUUCCAGAUAUUCAAGGAUUUUGAGAUAUCGAGGGUAAAUUACUUCAAUAAGUGGUUGGGUUUCCAAGGACAUGUGUUCAUGAUAUUCAGUUUAUCAGUGUUCCAGAUACCAAAGUUCAACUGUAUCAUUCCUAUGUGAUAUAUAAUGUAAAAACCAACAUUGAUAUUUAUUUCAUAGAAUUUUUACCUCAACAGUACAACUGACAUGAAAUAUAGACAUGCAGUGCCUAGUUAAUAUCAUCAUAUCCUUAUACAUGUAAUAACUGUACCCAUGUAUAAAGAUCACCGUUCUUUUCAAUGCUUGUCAAUAUUGUAUGUUUUACAUCAGCUGCUGAAAAUUUUGAUGAAAUGGAAGCUUUUAUGAAAUUUAUGAAUGUGAAUGAUUUAUCAUUUUAAAUACUUCCUGUUGUUGAAUUUACUCUUAUUUUUAAAACAUGUUAUUUAAAUAUAUUUUUAGGUAUUGUUAUAAAUACCUAAGUUCUUAUAUACAUUGAAUUCUAGGCUUUUUAUAUGUAAACGUGACAAAGAAAUUACAGCAUUAUUUCAGUGUUAUUUAUAAUUGUACAUGAACAACACUGAUUUUGUUACAAACACAGUUAAACCUGUUUAUUACGGAACAUGUCUCUUAUUGUACAAAAAUUAAUUCUUGAAGCUGACAUGAUGGUUUUGUUUUGUAUUUAUGAAGUCUGCAAUCUUUGUUAUUCAUUGUUUUGCUUUGAAGACAAUUUUAAAAAUAUUUCAUCACAGUUUGUGCAAUCACUUCAGUGAUAAAUAAAAAUUGAAAAGAUA